AUGGCCAUACUAGGCACAGUUCUGAACACAGUCGGCGCGUUGUUCCUGACACAUGCGUACGUCCUGACUCUCAUGAUCCAGAGAUUGCGCCGCGUCUACUCCGCCCACGAACACACAUCCGCCUUCUCCGCGACCCCACUCCCCACCGACAUCACCCUCGAGCUCCUUCUGUCCAUCUUUCUCCUCUCCACCGGCAUUGUAAUAUCCGCACAACCGCUUCGGCCCAUCCAAAAUGCGAAAUGGGCCGGCCAGAUAUCACGAGAAGGCCAGCGUCCCGAGGGCCAGUACACGCGGGAAGGCGAGGCAAUACUGAGUGAGGGAGACCCAUAUGCGUUUUUGGGACUUGAUGGAGGGUUUGGAGAAGGCAAGACGAGCGGGAAGGGAGAGGGUAGGAGAGGGUUUUGGGACGUCAAGUCGAAGAGGAAGGAGUACGAGGAGUGGGUCAGGAGCGGGAGCAAGCAGUAG